AUGACCUCCACGAAAUAUAUUACGAUGUUCGACACCACAUGGGCUUAUGGAAAUGAGUAUGUGAAGAUGCUUUUUGCGGAGUUGUCGAAUGAAUACACCUCUCUCUCCACCGUUUUCCUCCAUGUUGAUCUGACGCGUUCCCAGGAGCUUGCCGAUCAACUGAAAGUGAACAUAAGUGGUUACUCGGGAGAAAUUCCGGUCUUUAUUUGUUUCUGCAAGGGGAAAGAGGUUUGCCGAGUUCCUGAGUUUUCCGAGAAGCCUCGCACAGGGACGUAUCGUUGGACGAAAGAAAUCCUGUUGCGCGCUUUUAAAUUGGGUAAAGUGGAGUCAAAAAAAACUAAAUACUUGUGUUUGUUUUCGAAUUGUGGCUAA